AUGGAACACUAUGAAACUGAUACCAGAGAUUUAGCAGGUCUAGCUUGGUCUCCUGAUGACAGAGUGCUAUGUGUGUGGGAAUCAUUGGCUGAAGAUUAUAAAGUUGUGCUCUACUCAGUCGAUGGUAGAUGUCUUGGUUCAUAUUUAGGGUACCAGAUGGCACUGGGUAUCAAGUCAGUCACCUGGUCUCCAACUUCACAGUUUUUAGCUGUAGGGAGCUAUGAUCAGAAGGUUCGUUUGUUGAAUUCCAUCACAUGGAAAACCAUAACAGGUUAUGACCAUCCUUCCAGUGUAACAGAUUUAGACUUGGUGGUAUAUAGAGAAGUGGAGAAGAAAAAAGCACAGUUAAAUCCAAAUGAUGUUCUUGCUGGUAACACAUCUCCAUAUUUCUUGCAGACUAAGUAUGAAGUUUUAGAAGAUCGUCCUGUUUCAAUAGCAUCCAAUCCUUUAGAUCCUAACAAACCAAAUCCCAAGCAUGGGAUAGGGACUCUUUCUUUCAGUUCAGACUCAUGCUUCUUGGCCUCCAUUAAUGACAACAUGCCUACAACAAUUUGGAUUUGGGAUGUAAAGAAUUUAGUCAUGUCUGACAUCCUUAUUCAAGCACACCCUGUGAAAUCUAUAGCUUGGGAUCCAACUCAGACUAGGUUAGCUAUAUGCUGUUCUACCAAUUAUGUGUAUUUUUGGUCUCCAUCUGGAUGUCUUUGUGUGGAAAUACCUAGUGAAGGUCUCUUCAAUGCCAAUUCAGUAAAAUGGCAUUCCAGUGGAGAAAGUUUGCUGUUGAUGAGCAAGGAUAGUAUGUGUGUCUGUUACCUUUCUUCCUGAUGAAAUGUUCUUGCUUGUAUGAGGGUAAAAAGAUCAACAGAAAAUCAGACUAGUUGGUAUCAAGAUAACAUUUUGUUUAUUCAACUAAUAAUGCAAAUCAUUGCAUUUAUAAUGAAGUCAAAGAUAAUUCUAGAUAUUCCAUCACAUGUAAGAAUUGAAAAAGAGAGGUUAGGAUACACUAACCAAAAGUGUUUGCCUCAGAAGAAAAAGGAUUAUUUAUAAUAGGUUUGGAAGAUUUUUUUAAUGAAUGUACUGUGAUUAAAAAUGGGUAAAUAUAAAUAAAUUGUUUGAAA